CCAAAAAAAAAAAAAAAAAAAUCAUUCUUGUUGCACUGAAUUUUCUAGCUGUGCUUCCUCUCUUCUUGAUUCUAAUUUUAAUUGCUCUUCGAUCAUAGGCGAUGAUAAAGGUCAUGGGUGGAAGGUCCCUAAAACUUCUCUUUGCGUUUUUAACGCUUUUCCUACAUUUGAAAUCAGCCCUUGUAUUCACUUCAGGUGUUGGAAAUGGCAGCGUUUUGUGCAUAGAGAAGGAGAGACAAGCCCUCCUUGAGUUCAAAAAAGGCUUUGUUAAUGGCAACGACAACAAGCUCUCUUUGUGGGGGAGUGAAGAUGAAAAGAAUUGCUGCGAUUGGGUCGGAGUUCACUGCAACAGCCAAACAGGCCAUGUAAUUGAGCUAGACCUUCAUUUCUAUGGUUUGCGAGGUAUGAUUAGUCCUUCAUUACUUGAGUUGCCUUAUUUGACUUAUCUGGAUCUCAGUUCCAAUGAUUUUAAUCAAAGCCAUAUUCCAAAGUUUAUCGGUUCUCUCAGUAACUUAAGACACCUCGAUCUCUCUUUGUCCAAUCUCAAUGGGCCAAUUCCACUUGAACUUGGAAAUCUUUCACUCUUGCAAUCUCUUCAACUCGGUAAUAAUUAUUUUAAUCAGAGUCAUAUUCCAAAGUUUAUUGGUUCUCUCAGUAAUUUAAAAGACCUCGAUCUCUCUUCGGCCAAUCUCAGUGGGCCAAUUCCACAUCAACUUGGAAACCUCUCACUCUUGCAAUAUCUCUAUCUCCAUGAUAAUGAUUUGAAAAUUGUUGAAAAUCUCGAAUGGCUUUCUCGCCUGUCUUCAAUAAAAGACCUUGUCCUAAGUCCCACAAAUUUCAGUGUAGCCAAUGAUUGGCUGGAAGUUGUGAGUCAUCUCCCUAAACUAUCAAAGUUGUUAUUGAUGAACUGUGAUCUUCCUCCCGUCACUGAUUUCUCGUCUCUCCCCCAUAUCAACUUCUCUAAAUCUCUCACUACAAUAGAUCUUUCUACUAACCAUGUCACUCAAUCAAUAUUUCCGUGGUUGUUCAACUACAGUACGAGCUUGGUUGAGAUUUACCUCUCUGAAAACCAGUUAGGAGGUUCAAUUCCAGAUGCUUCCAGUAACAUGAAUUCUCUUCAAGUUCUCUCUCUUUAUGAGAAUCAACUUGAAGGAGGCAUUCCAAAAUUCUUUGGUAAUAUGUGUGCUUUACAGACUUUGUCUAUAGAGAACAACAAACUGAGUGGACAACUGGCAGAGCUCAUCCAUAACUUGUCUGGGUGUGUGCAAUACUCAUUAACGUGGUUGUCUUUACGUGGGAAUCAAUUGAAGGGGUCAGUGCCUAAAAGCAUCGGAAACCUAUCUGCGCUAUGGAGUUUGUAUCUUGGUUCCAAUCUUUUGGAAGGUGAAAUCUCAGACCAACAUUUUUCAAAUCUUUCCCAAUUAAUGGAAUUAUCGUUAUCUGAUAAUUCUUUGACUUUAAAAUUAAGCAAUGAUUGGGUGCCCCCUUUCCAAUUCAAAUUUAUAGAUUUGUCAUCUUGUAACUUGGGUCCUGAUUUCCCAAAAUGGUUAAGUACUCAACAACUAAUUGAAUACCUCGAUAUCUCCCGUAACGGAAUUUCAGAUACCGUCCCUUCAUGGUUUUGGAACCACACUUUUGGGUAUUAUUAUUUAAAUCUCUCCAAAAAUAAAUUUUUGGGGGUAAAUUCUCUUCUAUGCUUGAGUUCGGAGCCAAUCUUGGUUAAUUACCUUGAUCUCUCAAACAACCAGCUAUCUGGAGACCUCCCUAAUUGUUUCAUGCAUUGGCCUGAAUUAAUAGUUCUAAAUUUGGCCAACAAUAAUUUGUCAGGAGAAAUUCCCUACUCUAUAGGCUCUUUGAAAGAGCUUACGGUAUUAGAUCUGAGCAACAACAACUUCUUGGGAGAAUUGCCAUUGUCAUUACAAAAUUGCACAAUGUUGUCAUUUAUAAAUCUAAGAGACAAUUCAUUUUCGGGAAAACUACCAGCUUGGAUGGGAGAAAGCCUGUUAUCUUUGGUCAUUCUUGACCUUCACUCCAAUAAGUUUCAUGGAUGCAUACCACUGCAACUAUGCCGGUUAGUGCAUAUUCAAUUUUUUGACUUCUCUCAAAAUAAUAUUUCAGGAAAUAUUCCACGAUGCCUUUAUAAUUUGACUGCCAUGGCUUUUAAAAAUGCAAAUAAUAAGAGAACUACUAUAGAUUUGUCGGCAUAUAUGGAUGGCACUCAAGUUAUAUUUAAACUUUUUGAUGGGGACAAUUAUGUUUUCGAUACAAAUGUUAGUUGGAAAGGACACUCUUACAUCUAUGGAAAGAAUUUUGGAGAGAUGAGAAGUAUUGAUCUCUCAAGUAAUAAAUUAACCGGUGAAAUUCCAGCAGAAAUUUUCAGCCUUACAGAAUUGAAAGCAUUGAACUUAGCAGGAAACAUGUUGACAGGACUAAUUCCUCAAGGGAUUGGUCAUUUGAAACAGUUAGAAUCCUUGGAUUUGUCGAGAAAUCAACUUUUUGGUUCAAUUCCUACUAGCAUUGCUGAUCUUAAUUUUCUGAGUUUCCUGAACUUGUCAUAUAACAAAUUGUCGGGAAGAAUUCCAUCAGGCACUCAAAUCCAGAUCGCUAACCCUUCUGGAUUCAUUGGCAAUCUUGCACUCUGUGGCCCUCCACUUACACCGAAGUGUCCAGGAGAUGCGGAACCAAAUGUUGAGUCACCUAAAGGCGGUAGUAAAACCAAUCAAGAAGAUGAAGAUGAAUUCCUGAAAUGUCUUUAUAUUGGUAUGGGGCUUGGAUUCAUGGUGGGGUUUUGGGGAGUUUGUGGCUCUUUGAUGUUGAACCGUUCCUGGAGACAUCUAUAUUUCCGGACGACAAGCAACUUGAAUGAUUGGCUCUAUGUGGCAAUGAUAGUGAAUAUUGCAAGAUUGCAAAGGAUGUUUCAUGGCUAAUGAAUACUGCACUUUCGCUAAAAGGUCUCGACAAUAA